ACUCAUGCUUCCUUUGUUGUCUGUUGUUUGCAGAGAUGGUUGUAUCAAAGCUGUGGGCCAGGCGGAUGUUAUUCGUGAGCAGUUUUCAGGAGCAACAUUUGAAAGAGUAAUUGACUGCUCUGGGAAAUGUGUGUUACCAGGUCUGGUAGAUGCACAUACACACCCAGUGUGGGCUGGUGAUAGGGUACAUGAGUUUGCAAUGAAGCUGGCAGGUGCAUCCUAUAUGGAGAUCCAUCAGGCUGGGGGAGGAAUACAUUUUACUGUAGAGCACACUCGGAAGGCCACGGAAGAAGAGCUGUUCAACAGCUUCAGACACCGCCUGGAACGCAUGUGCAGAGCAGGGUCUACGCUGGUGGAGUGCAAGAGUGGGUAUGGCUUGAACUUGGAAGCAGAGCUCAAAAUGCUCAGGGUGAUAGAACGCGCCAAGCAAUCCAUGGAUAUUGGCAUUUCUUCAACCUACUGUGGAGCUCAUUCUGUGCCGAG